GAAAAACGCAAUCCAAAGGAAGUGCAAAGUUUUGGACUCCCAAAAGAAGCUGAAGAAGUGGGACAAAGUUUGACGAGUUCCAUAGAACUCUGAUUUCCAGCUCAGGUUAUAUAAAUCCAAUUUCAACUGUUUGUCUGUGAUCACAGAUUGACAAGAAUGAUGGGCCCAGAGACCAACAAAUAUCCACGAGGAAAACGGGAUGAUGAAGAAGAAGAAGAAGAAGAAGGCCGAGGAAGUGAAGGAAUCCACCACCCCCUCUCCACCGCCGAGCAAAUGCAAACCCUAACCCUUGACGAGGGCAAUCCCUUGAACGGCGACGUCUCCACCUCCAAAUCAUAUUCCAAUUACCGCAGCGCCAUGACCACUCUCUCCUCUUCAGCCACCGAACACCCCCUCAUUCCGCCGCCGUCCAUUGCCACCACUCCCACCGUCUCCGAUCCCCUCCUCUUCCCCCCUCACACCCCAUCUCCAGAUUCUCCUUCCUAUGCUGACGUCAUCUACAGCCCCUUCCACGACAGUGUCCCGGAAUCCAACGGCAAUGGGGAGAUCUCCAAUGAAGUGACGAUUUCGUCCCCCGGAUCUCAGUCCUCCAGCUCGGAGUACUUGAAAAUUAGCGUUUCGAAUCCGCAGAAAGAGGUGGAGUCUUCCAAUUCAAUUGUACCGGGGGGCAACACUUAUAUUACUUAUCUGAUCACCACGAGUACAAAUGCUUUGGAUUAUGGAGGGUCGGAUUUUAGUGUGAGGAGGCGGUUUAAAGACGUUGUUACUCUGUCGGAUCGAUUGAGUGAAGUUUACAGAGGGGUUUUUAUUCCACCUAGGCCGGACAAAAGUGUAGUGGAGAGUCAGGUAAUGCAGAAGCAGGAAUUUGUGGAGCAGAGGAGAGUGGAAUUGGAGAAGUACUUAAGGAGGCUUGCAAGGCAUCCUGUGAUUAAGAAAAGCGAUGAGUUGAGGGUGUUUUUAACAGUUCAGGGGAGAAUGCCACUACCCACAAGCAUUGAUGUGGCAUCAAGGAUGCUUGAUGGGGCGGUACGGCUACCAAAGCAGCUUUUGGGGGAGUCAAGGAGUGUGGUUGAGCCGCACGAAGUCCUGCACCCUGCUAAAGUGGGGAGGGAUAUGCUGAGGUUCUUUAAGGAGUUGAAGCAAUCUGUUGUCAAUGAUUGGGGUAAUUCGAGGCCUCCUGUGGAGGAGGAUGAUAAGGAGUUCUUGAAGAAGAAAGAGAAAUUGUGGGAGCUUGAGCAGCAUCUCACUAAUGCAUCGAAACAGGCUGAAUCUCUGGUGAAAGCACAGCAAGAUAUGGGGGAGACAAUGGGAGAAUUAGGGCUAGCUUUUAUCAAGUUGACAAAGUUUGAGAAUGAGCAGGCAGUGUUGAAUACUCAAAGAGUAAGAGCUGCUGACAUGAAAACUGUGGCUAUGGCAGCUGUUAAAGCAAGCAGAUUAUACCGAGAAUUAAAUGCACAGACCGUGAAGCAUUUUGAUACAUUGCACGAGCAUAUGGGGCUGAUGUUAGCUGUACAUAAUGCAUUCUCUGAUCGUUCUAGUGCUUUAUUGACAGUGCAAACUCUUAUAUCUGAACUGUCUUCCUUGCAUUCAAGAGCUGAAAAACUUGAAACUGCAUCAUCUAAAAUUUUUGGUGGUGACAAGACAAGGAUCCGCAAAUUAGAGGACCUGAAAGAUGCCAUUAGGGUCACGGAGGAUGCUAAAAGUUGUGCAAUCAGAGAAUAUGAAAGGAUUAAGGAAAAUAAUAGGAUUGAAACCCAAAGGCUAGAUGGAGAACGGCAUGUGGACUUUGUUAACAUGUUGAAAGGAUUUGUCACCAGUCAGGUUGCAUAUAGUGAGAGAAUCGCAAACGAAUGGGCUAAAGUGGCAGAGGAGACCAGCAAAUACACCAAAGAAAGCAGCUCGUAGAAGUCAACUGUAAAUUACCGCGAUUUUGAACUCUUUUACUUCUGAGCUACCUUGUUUCACUAUGUGAACUACUAGCAAAAAGGAUCAAUGGCUUAUAAUAAACACUAUGCAGAAACGGUAGUCUUAAUUCCAGUUCUUUAUCAGUCAUUGCUCUUAUGGUUUUGUUAGGAGGUUUUCACACCUCACAGCUUUGAUUCUAAUGCUGUAACCUAUUAUAGAAACGAUAUGUAACACUUUUUUGAACUUUGGUCCGUCCGUGAAAAAUAAGAUAAAUUUUCUACAUUCCUAA